AUGGAGACCCGCAGAUUCGGACACCGCGCACCUGUGCGGCUUCCCACAAGGACACCCCGCCUGGCUUCGCUAACAUGCUGCUUGGCACCGGUUCUGCUAGCAGUGCUGGCAGCCUCGUCUGCCGGCUUCUGUGGUGGCAACAUGAACCAACUGCACGUGUCUGUGGCAGAGGGCCGGCUGACCCAAUCAAGGCUCGACAGUUUGGCUUCCGCCGCCGCAGCAACCCUCCAGGGAUCCGCCGCCGACGCAACCAUCGGGAGCACGUCGACCUGCAAAAAGCAGGUACUCCUGCUACAUCCCGGCUCAGGUUCACCAGGUUUCGCGGAAGUGCCGCACAUGGGCACCGCGCUCACGGGCAGCAGUCCCAGCUGGACAGAGGCUGCAGAACAGCUGGCUCGACGGGUCAACUGGGAUUUGGGCGCAGAGCCUGUGGAGUUCCGAGUUAUGUCCGUUUUGGAGCUUUGCCAGGAUCAGACGUAUCAUGCAGACUUUGUUUUUGGCGUGGACUUGGUGGACCCACCACAGGAGUGCCGCGAAACGCUCGGCAAAGCUCUGGCCAAGGCAGAUUCCAGACUGUUCAUCACAAGCUGCAAAUCUCGCGGCACCAGUGUUUUCUGGACUUCAAUGACACAGCUCGAAGGGGCUGGGGAAGCAGAGCUGGCCAAUUCUGGCUUUCUCGGACUCUCUGCGGUUGUGGCAGGAUACAGUGAGGCUGCAAAGCUGCGAAAUGAUGUGACCGAUCUCUGGCACCGUAGAACAGCUGAAGAAGCUGUUUAUGCUAUGCUGGUGCUGAUUGAUAAAGCUGUGAUGCCAUUGCCAGCCAUGGUGGAUCAACGGCCUGUUCCAACGGCAGAUACUGUCUUCCGUGCAGUGGAUCGGUGCCAAGAGCAGUUUCGCAAUUGCUUUACUCAACCACGCUGCCUACAAAGCUUGGCCUGCCUCUCGCAGUGUGGUCUGGCAGACCAGUCAUGCUCCUAUCGCUGUAUAGUCUCCUAUCAGAGCCAGGCAUUUACAGAUUUCAGCCUGUGCGCGCUGCAGAAGCAGAACAUGCUCAACUCGCAGAUUGAGCGGCCAACCACGCCAGCCGCAAAGCCUUUGGAGAGCUUCCGAGGCAAAGCGCUGACCCACGAGACCGCAGAGAGCAUCCUGGUGGGACACUUUGACCCGGAGGACCACCGACACAGCUGGUUGGUCGCCGCCGGUUCCAACCCUGCUUACGAGCAAUUUGCUCUACAGUACGCCCCGGCUCCAGGAUUUCAUGUGGGUGGAAUCAGGAUGUAA